AAGUAGCCUAGUUUUCGUUUUCGUACUGUAUUGUUUGCACGAGUGUGGUCCAAUUGUAAUGAAGGUGGUUUGUAAGCUUGCCCAGUUGUUAGAGGAACGAAUAGAUGACCCAACGGUUGGAGGAAUGCGAUAAUGUGCAUCAACUCUUUAUUGGUGGGUGCAGAGAAAGAGAGAGAGAGGGCGAGCGUGAAAGAGCGAGCGUGAGAAACCAGCCAGUCGCCGGAGUAGACUGGAGGAUGCUGUACAAACACUGCUCUACGAACACUCCUCGGAGCUUGAGGGAAUAGAUGAAGAAAGGAUGAGAUAAACACUAUUUUUCACGUUGCGACUUUUGUUAUCUAAGUUGAUAGCCGGAGGCUUUACGCAUCGUGGAAUAGUGCAAACAGUUCGGAGAAUGUGUUUAGGAGGAUGGAUGCCCACGCGCCACUAGGAUUUUUUUUGUUUCCAGGUAAAGGGAUAGAAGAAUAACAACUAAAGCUACCGUUUUUUUUUUACCCUGAAUCUGUUUCAUCGGAAGAUUGUAAAGGUGCAGCGAUCAGGGAAGGCUGAUGACGGACCUAUUCAUCCGGUCAGUGCAGCAGAAGCACCAAAAGGUUCUGGAACCAUUUGGAUGGAAUUCGGGCAAAUGUUUAGACUUUCUUUUGGUUUUAUAUGAAACUGGUGACUAGUAGUUGCGAUUUUUUCUCUCUCUGGAAUUUUGAUAUUCUCAUUCAAUAAUUAGAACUGCGAGGAAAACAUUUGCCAGGUUAUCAAUUGUAUACAUUUCUAUUUUAUUUUUGGGAAGGUGGAAUGGUAUUGCGGUUUGCUGUCCAUUUUGCAUCUACCUUAGAUCUGAAUCGUUUUCUCUUGAAGUAUUCCUUUAUCUAAAUGGAAUUAGUUGAGCCUAAAGCCCCCUGUGAAAGGUACAGACAUGGUAUAUGGGCACAGCCUCCUUCACGUUGUUGCAAGUCUACUCAUACUUGGGUUGUCUGGGGCAACGAAGAAGGAAGCAUUGAAGAACAAUUCGGGAGUGAAGCCUGCAGGUCAAUGUGGCACCUGGGUGAAGGAAGGAGACGGGGGACUGUUCACUUCUCCCAACUACCCCAGCAAAUACCCCCCAGGAAUAGAGUGUGUUUACAUCAUUGAAGCUCCUCCCAGGCUGUGCAUUCAUCUGUUCUUUAAUGAGAGGUAUUCUAUCGAGCCUUCAUGGGAAUGUAAAUUUGACAACAUUGAGGUGCGGGACGGCCCCUUUGGCUUCUCCCCAGUAAUCGGACGCUACUGUGGCCAGACCAUCCCUCCCUUCAUCAGGAGCAGCGGACGGUACCUCUGGGUAAAAUUUGUUUCCGAUGGCGAACUGGAGGCGAUUGGAUUUUCGGUGAAUUACAACUUCACUGCAGAUCCGGAUUUUGGAGACCUUGGCGGGCCCCAGUCUCUGCCCUUCUGUGAGUUUGACAUGGGAGGACCAGAGGGGAUCGUGGAGUCCAAUCAGAUCACCAGAGAUGGAAAAGCGUUAGCUACAGAGGCUGUGGACUGCAAAUGGUUCAUCCGCGCUCCUCCACGCUCCAAGAUCUACCUGCGUUUCCUGGACUAUGAGAUGCAGAACAGUAACGAGUGUAAGCGUAACUUCGUGGCGGUGUACGACGGCAGUGCGUCCGUGGAGGACCUGAAGAACAAGUUCUGCUCUACGGUGGCCAACGACGUGAUGCUGGUGUCCACCACGGGGGUGAUCAGGAUGUGGGCCGACCAGGGCAGCAGAAGGAGCCACUUCAGGAUACUCUUCACCACCUUCCAAGAACCUCCAUGUGACCCGGGUGCCUUCUUCUGUCACAGUAACAUGUGUAUCAACAACAGCCUGGUGUGUAACGGGAUUCAGAACUGUGUCUACCCCUGGGAUGAAAACCACUGUAAAGAGAAGAGGAAAGCUAACAUCCUGGACAACCUGAACAACACCAACGGCACCAUCAUCGGCGUCACCUGCUGCAUCGUCCUCAUCCUCCUCAUCGUGUCGGUCAUCGUUCAGAUCAAACAACCCAGGAAGAAGUACAUCCUCCGGCGCGAGGACUUUGACCCCACGAUGUUCCAGGAGGACUUCGAGCCGCAGCAUUAUGGGCUCUGCACGUUACGCAGCACCACGCAUGCCACCGCGGCUUCGACGGAUCUAGCGGAUCUAGCAGAGGACUUGGAGAACUACCACGCGCUGCACCGCUCGUCCUCGCGCUGCGUCCAUGACCAUCAUUGUGGAUCCGCCUCCAACCCGGGUUCCGCCCACCUGUCCCAGCUGUCACUCAGUGGGCGGGGAAGCCGCGGGAACCUGAGCUCACGCGAGGCCGCAGCCCUCCUCACGGACCUUCCACCGCAGUCGGUACGGCCGCUGCUGCCCAGCGUUGCCACGGGGAACCGGCGCAGCAUCCUAGUGAUGAAGCACAGCUACUCGCAGGAAGCGGCCGACAAUGGGUGUGACCUCGACGACGACCUGGAAGAGGUUCCCACGACGAGCCACCGACUGUCGCGUCACGAGAAGGCAGUCCAGCGGUUCUGCCUCAUUGGCUCUUUGAGCAAACACGAAUCAGAAUACAACACGACUAGGGUCUAAGACAAUCUCAAGAUACUUCAGAAAGCUACAUCAUUCUUCUGCAUCUUGCCAAGUUUGACAAUUUAUGGAAGUAACAUUAAUCUCCCUGAUGAGAACUGUUGCAUUGAGCGACAAAAACUAUUUUGAGUGUUUGUGAUAAAGGAAAAAAACAUUAUUUUUUUUUGUGUGUAUGUGUUGGCUUGUUUUGAUGACAGCGGUGAUAUGCCCUGUUGGUAUUCAUCAAAUGGCUGAGAUUGUAAAGCCAGAGACACGUAACUGAUACUUUCAGAUACUGGACAGAAACUUUAAAAGAUACAUAAAUACCUUAAAUGUACAUUGUUCAUGAGACUGAACCUGAACCUGUUCUUUUUAACUUUUUUUUGUAUUUGUAUUUAACAUCAAACAUGUGAGGACGCCAUUUUGGUCCUGAUAUCCCAUCUGCAAACCCACUGUGUCGCUGUUAUGUUUCCUACACUCCAUUAGGGCUCAAGUUCUUUCCCCGGACGAAGUUCCAAACCCCAGAGAAUGUUGUGAUGUCAUAAGGGGAUAAACUGUAUAGUGUUCCAAGCCACUGGACAGGAACGGUCUCCAUGUUGGUGCUCUCUGAGGACUGAAAUGGGACAUUGGGAUGUAUCGGUAUUUUCUAUGGCAGCCACAGGUCUCAUCAAGAAGUAAUGAAAUUGGUUUUGAGAAUUCCCAGUCAGAUUUCCUACUAGGAACCCAAACAUUGGUAAUGGUUGUAUUUGUGGCUUGUCUAUGCACACUAGACUACAGUAAGAAAAGUGGGCUCAAUUAUUAGGCUAUUACGUAAUCCCUUGAUUGCCCAAUAGCCUUAGUCCUUAUUUGCAUUAGCAUCAAUAUUUUAUUUCCUGUCUUUCAGAAUAUGUCUGAGACCCCUCUGUUUGCUGAGAUCUCUACUUU